GCGGGCGGGGGUAAGGGGGCAAGAGAGAACCGAGAGCCCCAGAUUGCGCCAGGGACUCUCCGUCUGCCAGGAGACAGGCUGGGCGAUGAGACAUAGCGUUAAGGUGCCGGGAGCAAGGAAUGCGCCCAUUCUCAAGCCGUGUCCCAGGAGCUUCUGCUGACAAUUCCAGUUUCCGAACGAAACAUUUUGGCAAUGGUGAGGGCUUCAACCCCUUCUCUGAUUUGCUGUCAACCAUGAACGGAUUGUGGAUGUGAUGCCUGCUAGCCCAAAGGUAUCCCCCUGUGUGUUGCAGUCCCGUGGCAUUAUGCAUGCCCCCUUCCAGUGACCCCAGGCUUUUUAUGGCUGUGAGACGCAUUAACAUUUCAGGGGUAAGACGUGACCUUUUGAGGUGACUAUAACUGAAGAUUGCUUUACAGAAGCUAAAAAAGGUUUUUGAGUCAUGAUGCAAGAAUCUGGGACUGAGACAAAAGGUAACGGUUCAGCCAUCCAGAAUGGGUCGAGCAGCAGCAACCACUUGUUAGAGUGUAGCAGCCUUCGGGAGGGGCGGUCCAACGGAGAGACGCCGGCAGUGGACAUCGGAGCAGCCGACCUUGCCCACGUCCAGCAGCAGCAGCAGGCUCUGCAGGUGGCAAGACAGCUGCUUCUUCAGCAGCAACAGCAGCAGCAAGUUACUGGGUUGAAGUCUCCCAAGAGGAAUGACAAACAACCAGCUCUUCAGGUUCCCGUGUCAGUGGCUAUGAUGACACCUCAAGUUAUCACUCCCCAGCAAAUGCAGCAGAUCCUCCAGCAACAAGUGCUGAGCCCUCAGCAGCUCCAGGUUCUCCUUCAGCAGCAGCAAGCCCUCAUGCUUCAACAGCAGCAGCUUCAAGAGUUUUAUAAAAAACAACAGGAACAGUUGCAGCUUCAACUUUUACAACAACAACAUGCUGGAAAACAGCCUAAAGAGCAACAGCAGGUGGCUACUCAGCAGUUGGCGUUUCAGCAGCAGCUUUUACAGAUGCAGCAGUUACAGCAGCAGCACCUCCUGUCUCUGCAGCGCCAAGGCCUUCUGACAAUUCAGCCCGGGCAGCCUGCCCUUCCCCUUCAACCUCUUGCUCAAGGCAUGAUUCCAACAGAAUUGCAGCAGCUCUGGAAAGAAGUGACAAGUGCUCACACUGCAGAGGAAACCACAGGCAACAAUCACAGCAGUCUGGACCUGACCACGACAUGUGUCUCUUCCUCUGCACCUUCCAAGACCUCCUUAAUAAUGAACCCACAUGCCUCUACCAAUGGACAGCUCUCAGUCCACACUCCCAAAAGGGAAAGUUUGCCCCAUGAGGAGCACCCCCACAGCCAUCCUCUCUAUGGACAUGGUGUAUGCAAGUGGCCAGGCUGUGAAGCAGUGUGCGAAGAUUUCCAAUCAUUUCUAAAACAUCUCAACAGUGAGCAUGCGCUGGACGAUAGAAGUACAGCUCAAUGUAGAGUACAAAUGCAGGUUGUACAGCAGUUAGAGCUACAGCUUGCAAAAGACAAAGAACGCCUGCAAGCCAUGAUGACCCAUCUGCAUGUGAAGUCUACCGAACCCAAAGCCGCCCCUCAGCCUCUGAAUCUGGUCUCAAGCGUCACACUCUCCAAGUCCGCAUCAGAGGCUUCUCCACAGAGCUUACCUCAUACGCCAACGACCCCCACGGCCCCCCUGACUCCUGUCACCCAAGGCCCCUCAGUCAUCACCACCACCAGCAUGCACACGGUGGGACCCAUCCGCAGGCGGUACUCAGACAAAUACAACGUGCCCAUUUCUUCAGAUAUUGCGCAGAACCAAGAAUUUUAUAAGAAUGCAGAAGUUAGACCACCAUUUACAUAUGCAUCUUUAAUUAGGCAGGCCAUUCUUGAAUCUCCAGAAAAGCAGCUAACACUAAAUGAAAUCUAUAACUGGUUCACACGAAUGUUUGCUUACUUCCGACGCAACGCGGCCACGUGGAAGAAUGCAGUGCGUCAUAAUCUUAGUCUUCACAAGUGUUUUGUGCGAGUAGAGAACGUUAAAGGGGCAGUAUGGACAGUGGAUGAAGUAGAAUUCCAAAAACGAAGGCCACAAAAGAUCAGUGGUAACCCUUCCCUUAUUAAAAACAUGCAGAGCGGCCACGCCUACUGCACACCUCUCAAUGCGGCUUUACAGGCUUCAAUAGCUGAGAAUAGUAUACCUCUAUACACUACCGCUUCCAUGGGAAACCCCGCUCUGGGCAACUUAGCCAGCGCAAUACGGGAAGAGCUGAACGGAGCGAUGGAGCAUACCAACAGCAACGGGAGUGACAGCAGUCCAGGCAGAUCCCCUAUGCAAGCUGUGCAUCCUGUACACGUCAAAGAAGAGCCCCUCGAUCCAGAGGAAGCUGAAGGGCCUCUGUCCUUAGUGACAACAGCCAACCACAGUCCAGAUUUUGACCAUGACAGAGAUUAUGAAGACGAACCAGUAAAUGAGGACAUGGAGUGAAGGUCUGUGCGGGCCAACCCUGAAAAUGAAGAUUGGAAAAAGGAAGAGAAAAAAAAAAAAAAGUCAAAAGUUAGCAGUGAAAUUGUUCUCCAUUUGUUGUACAGUCUGGAGGAUUUUCACUACAUUUUGACAACUCUGAAAUGUGUUAACUCUUAGUGCCAUCAAGAAUCCCAUUUGGGAGUAUUUUUGAUUUUUCUACUUUUUGUUGAAAAAAGGAAUUUGUACUCUGUGCAUUGGAUGGACUUGUUUGGUACUUGGGAUUUUCCUCUCUUAACAGUCAACAUCAGUGUUGUAAAUUUGCUAAACUGAUUCACUUUUAGCAGCAGACUUUGAACUGCAGCCCUACCAGCGUUGGACACUGAAGUCACCCGACAGAGCUUGUGCACCUGAGCUGCAGACCAAGCCUUUGCCCAGAACUUAAGGAUUCCAAUGGACGACCUAUUUGCACAGUACUGCAUGUUGAUUAUCACUGCCUUUACUCCUUUUUUUUUUUUUUUUUUUUUUUUGCUUCCAGUUGGGAUGGGGAAGGCCUUUGUGUGUGUGUUGGGGGGAGGGGUUAAAAAUAAUUAUCCCAAACUCUUUAAUGUAUUGCUUUUUUUUUUUUUUCUUCUACUAUACCAUUUUAAGUUCUGACCUCAGGCCUCCAUUUGGGCCCAUGGCCUCUUGGAGGCUUAAAGUUUUCUGUACCUUGUGAUGAAUGUUGAUAGGUGUUUUUAUUAUACAAAGCUGAAUGUCACUUCUCGUUUGUAGCUUUCUGUCACUCACUCCAUCUUCCUUCAGACAUCACCACAUUGAUCUAAAAAGUCAGAAAACAUUCCAUUUGGUCUAUUUUCAAAAGAGUCCCAAACGCUGCGCUCUACACAUGAAGGUCCUCUCACACAGACGUGACGUCCUGCCAGAAAGAGAAUGAAUGACAGAAAAGAGAGAGAGAGAGACACUCGAGGAACAAUGCCGAUUCAUUCCGUGAAGCAGUAUUGGGGGUGGUCAGGGGGCUGUUUCAGAUUUUCCUCUUUCUUUUGCAGCAACCAUCAUUCUUAAAAAAUGCCAUAGCGUUCUACCAGCACAAAGAAACAUAGGCAGCACUGAAAAAAGUCUCAUAAUUUAGACUGACAGAUACGGUCGUGGAAGCUCUCCCUUGGAUAACCAAGUUGCCAUGGGCUACGAGUCUCAGUUAUAACCAGUGGGGGUUGCUUUCUUUACAAAAUGGCCCAAAAAUCCGGCUUCCCUGAGCAACUUUGCUGAAAGCCGUGACAGCAGAGGCACUGAGAUUGCACAUCAGUUCAGACCUGCUUGGUGGUGUUACUCAGUGAAUGUGAAUUAGAUUUCAGAUUGAACUUGUUAUAGGACUUAAUGAGGACUGAGUUUAGCAAAUGCUCCAGUGCUAAUUUCAAAUGUGCAAAUCUGGUACUACAGUUUGUUAAUGCAAUAGUGUCACACCAACCCAGAAUCAGAAAUUAACAGGAGAAGAAAGACAUGAUGGGGGGCUGGGCUCAUCCCAGCCCCGGGCUUUUGAGAACAGAACAUGGCAUGCAGAAGGUGAUGGUUCUAGGUCAGCACAACCUCAGUAGUCAGAACCCCUCGACACUUCCACUCUGCACCCACUUCCCUGUCAUUUAUUUAUCUAGGACUGUAGAUUUUGUUUUAGUUCGAGAGCCUUUCAAAGCUUAACUUAUACUCUUCGUACCUUUUUUUCCCUAAAAUUACCAAAGAUACUACACAAAGGUAAAUUAUGUUCUCUGUUUUAUGCUUUAUCUGAUAAAGCCAAAUAUCCUCUUAUUGUUGAUCAAAGGAGGCAAAAGAAUUUAGAGGCAAAUGACAAGAUUAUAGGCUAUUGCUUACCUGAGAAAGAGAACUGCUCCUUCACUAUAGAGUAAAUUUAGAAGACCAAGUAGAUAAUGAAACCAAAGUUGUUACUUUUUUCUAGUAGUUUUUUUUUCUUCCCUAUACCUCUUUAGAGACCAAAACCCAUUCUUAGAAAUUAUGGGACUUCUCAAAUAAAAAUAGGACACAGUGUUAAAGGACCAACAGAAACAGGGUGUCCCAUCUCAAAAAAAAAAUGAUGUAUACCACUGAAAAUUGGGUAUACAUUUUUAAUAAAAGGAGGCAGUUACAGAGUCUGAACAGAAAAGCUUCCACAAUUGAACGAGACUACAUGAUAGUGUUUUUAGAAUUCAAACAAAAAAAUUUUUAGAAAGAUCAUAUGCCACUUUUGUUUAAGGACCGAGUUAUGAUUGCUGCAUUCAUUUUGUUUUAUCUUGGCAUGUAUCUUCCAGUUGAUUUUUUGCUUUUGUUUACUUUUUGUUUAGGCCUUUUAGUCAGCAUUUUUCAUUUUUUAAAAGAAAAAGUAACACUCCCGUCCACUCAUAAGCUUGGUACAAAAACUUCUUUGGCAGUUACUUUUGACGCUUCACUCUGCUUUCUGUAUAAAGGGCGGUCUGUGGUCACUCAAGCCUUUUUUUUUUUUUUUUUUUUUAACUUUUCCAGGCAGCUUCAUGAUGUACAGGCAGUAGCCAGACAGGUCAGGGGAAGGGGCCCUGUGCUUCUAAACUGAGUGGUUGCUGGUUAGUUUGGUAUUCAAAAGAGGAUAAAAAUCUGGUAGAUUAGUUCAUUCUCAGCAUGUGUAGCUAGACAUGAGUAAAGAUAACAGCAUGAGAAACUGUUAGUACGCAUACCUCAGUUCAAACCUCUAGGGAAUGAUUAAAAUAAAAAACAUUUCACUCAGUUGCACUUAGUCGUAUGUCUUGCAUGCUUAGUCUAAAGACUGUAGCAAAAAAAAAAAAUUAGAUUUUACAUAUCUUUGCAGGUAUCACAGCCUUGCAGAGGAACCAACUGAAAAAAAAUUCUCAGGCUUUACAGCAAACAAAUUUCACUAUGAUUUUUACACUUCUGAUUCUGUAUCCCUUGGGGGUAUUCCAGUCGCUUCUUUAGGAUGGGGUUUAUUAUGUUGUACAUAUAUCCCAAUGUGUCUGUGUGAAUCUUUGUCUUUUUGGGGGGAGGGCAGAGGGUGGUUCUUUUUUUUAGAUAUUGUUCCUAAAAAGGAAUAAAUGCAUACACCUGUUUGUCAAAA